UCCAGUAUGAGCUACUUGUGAUACUUUUCCCAACGUGAUUCAUGUUUCAUGGGUGUGUUUUGUUACUGCCGUUGAAAGAUGGAUUUCGUAUUUAGUGGUGCAGCUUCAGUGGUAAAUUUAGUCUUUCACCGUACUCUCUCUCUUCAGGGUGAAACUCUGGGUUGUUUUUUGCCUGUUUUGAAUUAUCUGCACUUCGCGUCCGUGGCAAAUCAGUACUUUUUAUAUUCCCCCUCGCCCACCAAAAACACGGUCUGUGCUCUCAAAAAAGUAUUGUAAUGCGAUGGAAAGAAAAAAAAUACAUGACUGAAAUGUGUCAUUUUAAAAUGCUACUGUUAUUACAAGGUACCACAAAAGUAACUAUCCAACAUUUUGUGGAGAGAACUUGCCACCACUGCUGCCUAAGCCAUCCUGUUGGAUACUUGAUCCAUUUAACCAAAACUUACCUAACCUAACCACUGAUACUUCUUCCUCAGAACAAAUUAACAUUAUCUAACCAAAGCAAACCAGCCAAACCUGAAUAGCAAUGCUAAGAAAUCAUAUAAAGUCAUUCUUAUUUCUCUUUGUAAAACUUGGCAAUGCAAAGGAAAUAAUUAAGGCAACAUCUUGCCUGUUCAGAGAUAUGCCAUAGGCUGAUUCAAAUCAAGUCACUUCUCUCCACAAGCCCCUCUGAUUGACUAAAUUUAUUAUGUAUUUUCUUUAUUGAUCAGUGGCUGCGUACUCAAGCAAAAGAACAAAUCACCAUGAUUGAUUUCACGCAUGCGGUAAUAUGACAAUGUGGACGCUGUGCCUCAGUCCAUUACAUGUGCAGGUUUCGCAGUCUUCUAGCUCAUUUCCAAAAAUGCUAAAUCUAAAAAUUGUUGUGAACAAUAUAAACAAUUUGCACUGGGUAUGUGUGGCUUCAAAUUACUCAGAAUGAGAAGCUCUAAGCGAUGAGAAGAAAAGCCAUGUUGACUAUUGUGAAGUAUAAAAUACCACAAAGUAUAUCACGUUGCCAAAGUAACUGUACCUGACCACAAGACAAAGUGUUAUAUUGUGGUCAAAGUACUGAGAAUGAGAAGCUAUGUAUGAUGAGAAGAGUAGUAAAACCCAUGUAGAGACUGGUGCAAGAGUUAAGGAUUACCUACAUAUGUUUUACAGCAAGUGUCAUCCAUAUAUAAUAUGGUUUGUUUAGCUGCACCACAAGGGGCCACUAUUAGUAAGGUCCUUAUUUGCUGGUCUCCACUAACCACCAAUACUUCCCCAGCAGAAGGACGCCCACACACUCAUCAAGAUGCCGGUUGAGAAGCACAAGAACUCAAUGCGUGAAGUGCGCAUCGGCAAGCUUUGCCUCAACAUCUGUGUCGGCGAGUCAGGCGACAAGCUGACCCGUGCUGCCAAGGUGCUGGAGAGCCUGACAGGACAGAAGCCAGUGUUCUCCAAGGCCAGGUACACUGUGCGCUCCUUUGGCAUCAGGAGGAAUGAAAAGAUCGCUGUCCACUGCACCGUGCGGGGACCCAAGGCUGAGGAGAUCCUGGAGAAGGGGCUGAAGGUGCGUGAGUAUGAGUUGAGGCGCGACAACUUCUCUCAGAACGGCAACUUUGGCUUUGGUAUCCAGGAGCACAUUGAUCUGGGCAUCAAGUACGACCCAGCCAUCGGUAUCUUCGGUCUGGACUUCUUCAUUGUCCUGCAGCGACCUGGUUACCGAGUGGCUAAGAGGAGGCGCUGUCCUGGCAAGAUUGGACCACAGCACUGCCUGAUAAAGGAGGACGCCAUCAAAUGGUUCCAGACCAAGUAUGAGGGUGUCAUUCUCCCUGGAAAGAAAAAGUAGACCUGUUAACCAGAUUCUAAAUAAAGUAAGGUUGAGGAAAAA